GGAUUGUGUACAACUCCACAGGUGCUGAGCUGUUUUGACCUGUACAGUUUGUAUUUGGAGUGUGCUGAUCCCACUGGCUGUGGACUGGGCUUCGACAGCCUGGCCUGGGACUAUCAGGCUUGCACAGAAAUUGAUCUGUGCUAUGAGAGCAAUAAUGUGACGGACAUGUUUCCUCCCAUGGGCUUCACUGAGACAGACCGUGUACUUUACUGCUCCAAGCGCUGGGCUGUGGUUCCACGACCAGAGUGGCUCAAAACCCAGUUCUGGGGUGAUGCCCUCUCUACAGCCAGCAACAUUAUUUUCUCCAAUGGAGAUCUGGACCCAUGGGCAAAUGGAGGGGUACGCAAGUCCUUGAGCUCCUCACUAAUAGCUGUCAACAUUUCUGGAGGAGCCCAUCAUCUGGAUCUCAGAGGGUCUAAUGAUGCUGAUCCAGUGUCAGUUAUCAGUGCCAGGAAGAUGGAAGCAGACCUCAUUGUACAGUGGGUGAAGAUGGAGCGGACCAGAUUAAGACAGUCAACUUAAAAGCACGGA